ACGCGUUGCUGGAGGAGCGAAUACGCCGCAGACUCCGGGCCCUACGUAGCUUCCGGAGGCGGUGGCGGCGGGGCAUGGCGGCCCUAGGACAUCCUGCCCGGGAGACACCGGCGACCCCAGGCCCAGGGCACGCCACGUGCAGUGACGCCGCUUCCAGGGCGCACCCCGUAGACGGUGAAGGCGACGCAGCCUCUAGGAAGCAAAAGAAGAAGAAAAGCCGGAAUAGGGCUUCCGUGUCGAAUGGAGGGGGGAAGGCCUUGGAAAAGCCGGCCCCAGAGGAUGCCCCUCUAAGCAAGGAGGCCCAGGCGGAGCAGCUGGCUCGGGAACUGUCCUGGUGCGUGGAGCAGCUGGAACUGGGACUGAAGAUGCAGAGACCCAGCCCAAAACAGAAAGAGCAGGCUAUCGGGGCCAUCCGAACCCUGCGCAGCGAUAGAACCCCUCUGCCCCGGAAGAGGCAGCUGAUGCGCUCCCUGUUCGGGGACUACAGGGCUCAGAUGGAAGCUGAGUGGCGUGAAGCCCUGCGCGCUCUCAAGACUGCAGCCCGCUCCGCCCAGGUGCAGCCUGUAGGCGAGGCCAUGAGGAAGAAGAGCGGAAAGGUCUGCAGGCCUCGCCUGGCAAGGGGACGCAAGGCCACACCCGACACUCCUGAUGAAGAGUUUAGGUUCAAUUUCUUUUAGCCCCUCCCAACCCUGGAACUGUCCCCCUCCCUAGGGGGCGUGGGGGGUCUGUCUUGAGUGCAGAGCCUUUCUGGGAAUACUUUGUCGGACAGAUGUGGGGUCAGUCUGUCCCUGGCUGGCCAGUUCAUUUGGUGCCAUGGCUGUGGGGCAGAUGUGAGACCAGCGUAUCAAGUCCUGUCUGACAAGCAUGAGACCCCAUUUCUGGGUUUUCAGCUGAACGGCUCCUGCUGCUGCUGGGAAAAGGGGUCCUUUCAGAAAGGCUUCUGCAGUAAAGGGAUGCAUUAGCACGUGGCAGGAACAACGCCUUGCUCCGCGUUCAGGGGGAGGGCCACGGGGAGAGGGCGCGGUGCGCGCUGGCGCUCAGGGAGGGCAGGGCGCGCUGGCGCUCACGUGGUGCUCUAUG